GAUUCCUCCGCCGCGAGGCGCAGUGACGGCAACGACGCGGCCCGUUCGCUCGGAAACCUCUCCGGUGCUUCCGCCGCCGGGAGCUGCCGGCGAGGAACUCGUUUCCCUCGGGAGCCCUCCGCCUCCCCCUAAGGGCCCGUGGCAAAGAUUCCGCGUCGGACAGGGACGCGCACGCUCGAGGGGCCGCACUGGAGUGGUGUCCCUCCGCCGUCGCCGCGGACUCCUUUUUGUGUCCUUCCACCGGGCCCGGGCGGUGUCCGGGUGGCUCACCGGGGGCGGCGGCGCGGCUGCGGCGCGGCUCCGGGGCUAUGAGGUGAGGACGCCCGGUCGCUGGAGGCGGCACCGCGCGGCGCGAGGACGCGGAACCCCGAAGCCGGCGGAUGCCUUUCGGAGCCGGCGGCCGCGCGCGAGGCUGAGGAGAGAACACUGAAAUUAUUCUCUAAGCUAUUUGAAGAGAGUGACUAAAUGCACCUGGGCCAGGCUGUCUGUGGGUAUGAAGUGGUUGGGAGAAUCCAAGAACAUGGUGAUGAAUGGCAGGAGAAAUGGAGGCAAGUUGUCUAAUGACCAUCAGCAGCAUCAAUCAAAAUUACAGCACCCGGGCAAGGACACCUUGAAGACUGGCAAAAACGCAGUUGAGCGGAGAUCAAGCAGAUGUAAUGGUAAUUCUGGAUUUGAAGGACAGAGUCGUUAUGUACCAUCUUCUGGAAUGUCCGCCAAGGAACUCUGUGAAAAUGAUGACCUAGCAACCAGUUUGGUUCUUGAUCCCUAUUUAGGUUUUCAAACACACAAAAUGAAUACUAGCGCCUUUCCUUCGAGGAGCUCAAGGCAUUUUUCAAAAUCUGACAGUUUUCCUCACAACAACCCUGUGAGAUUUCGGCCAAUUAAAGGAAGGCAAGAAGAACUAAAGGAAGUAAUUGAACGUUUUAAGAAAGAUGAGCACUUGGAGAAAGCCUUUAAAUGUUUGACUUCAGGUGAAUGGGCACGGCAUUAUUUUCUCAACAAGAAUAAAAUGCAGGAGAAAUUAUUCAAGGAACAUGUAUUUAUUUACUUGAGAAUGUUUGCAACUGACAGUGGAUUUGAAAUACUGCCUUGUAAUAGAUACUCAUCAGAACAGAAUGGAGCCAAGAUAGUUGCAACGAAAGAGUGGAAACGAAAUGACAAAAUAGAAUUACUGGUGGGUUGUAUUGCCGAACUUUCAGAAAUUGAGGAGAACAUGCUACUUAGACAUGGAGAAAACGACUUCAGUGUCAUGUAUUCCACGAGGAAAAACUGUGCUCAGCUCUGGCUCGGUCCCGCUGCAUUCAUAAACCAUGAUUGCAGACCUAACUGUAAGUUUGUGUCAACUGGUCGAGAUACAGCAUGUGUGAAGGCUCUAAGAGAUAUUGAACCUGGGGAAGAAAUUUCUUGUUAUUAUGGAGAUGGGUUUUUUGGAGAAAACAAUGAGUUCUGCGAGUGUUACACUUGUGAAAGACGAGGAACUGGUGCUUUCAAAUCCAGAGUGGGACUGCCUGCGCCUGCUCCUGUUAUCAAUAGCAAAUAUGGACUCAGAGAAACAGAUAAACGCUUAAAUAGGCUUAAAAAGUUAGGUGACAGCAGCAAAAACUCAGACAGUCAGUCUGUCAGCUCUAACACUGAUGCAGAUACCACUCAGGAAAAAAACAAUGCAACUUCUAACCGAAAAUCUUCAGUUGGUGUAAAAAAGAACAGCAAGAGCAGAACAUUAACCAGGCAGUCCAUGUCCAGAAUUCCCGCUUCCUCCAACUCUACCUCAUCUAAGCUAACUCACACGAACAAUUCCAGGGUACCAAAGAAACUGAAAAAGCCUGCAAAGCCUUUACUCUCAAAGAUAAAGCUAAGGAAUCACUGCAAGCGACUAGAGCAGAAGAAUAGUUCAAGAAAGCUCGAGAUGGGGAACUUAGUACUUAAAGAGCCUAAAGUGGUCCUGUAUAAGAAUUUGCCCAUUAGAAAAGACCAGGAGUCAGAGGGAUCAGUCCAAGCCGCAGUUGCCAGUGGGUGCUUGACUAGACAUGCGGCCAGAGAACACAGGCGGAAUCCUGGGAGAGGUGCUCACUGGCAGGGGGACAGCUCGCCCUGCACCUACACAACCAGGCGCUCGGCGAGGACCAGAGCAAACCCACCGGAAGCCUCGGACAUCAAGCUAGAACCAAAUAUGCUGGAUGGCUGUAAUGGCACAGCAGAACCUUGCCCAGACAGUGGUGAGCAGCCAGCCCCCGACGUGCAGGAAGAACUGGCUAGCGAGACUGCACAGAAGGGGGAAGCACCAGGUCACAAGAGUGACCCAAGCGUGUCUAGAAAGAAAUCGCGACAAGGAAAACUUGUAAAGCAGUUGGCAAACAUAGCAGAGUCCACCCCGGUGCAUGACUGCCCUGGACAGGAGAGCAAUGUGCCAGAUUUGAUGGCACCCCACUCUGACCAGGGUGAGUCCAGCGGUGUGGCAGGGGUGCCCGUGAGCUACACAGACUGCACUCCCUCGCCUGUCGGGUGCUCGAUCGUCACGUCAGACAGCUUCAGGGCGAAGGAUGGCUUUAGAACUGCUAAAAGCAAAAAGAAGCGGCGAAUUACAAGGUAUGACGCCCAGCUAAUCCUGGAAAAUAACUCUGGGAUUCCCAAAUUGACUCUCCGUAGGCGCCAUGAUAGCAGCAGCAAGACAAACGACCAAGAGAAUGACGGGAUGAAUUCUUCCAAAAUAAGCAUCAAGUUAAGUAAAGACCAUGAAAAUGAUAAUAAUCUCUAUGUAGCAAAGCUUAAUAAUGGAUUUAACUCAGGAUCAGGCAGUAGUUCUACAAAAUUAAAAAUCCAGCUAAAACGGGAUGAGGAAAGUAGAGGGCCCUAUGCAGAGGGGCUUCAUGAAAAUGGGGUGUGCUGUAGUGAUCCUCUCUCUCUCCUGGAGUCCCAGAUGGAAGUGGAUGACUACAGUCAGUAUGAGGAGGAAAGUACAGAUGACUCCUCCUCUUCAGAGGGAGACGAAGAGGAGGAUGACUAUGACGAUGACUUUGAAGAUGAUUUUAUUCCUCUUCCUCCGGCUAAGCGACUGAGGCUAAUAGUCGGGAAAGACUCUAUAGAUAUUGACAUUUCUUCAAGGAGAAGAGAAGAUCAGUCUUUAAGGCUUAACGCAUAAGCUCUUGGUCUUAAUUUGACCUGGGAUAACUACUUUAAAGAAAUAAAAAUUCCAGUCAAUUAUUCCUCAACUGAACCAUUUGAGUGGCAGCACUUCUAUCGUCUCUUCACGUAUCGGCAUAAUAUUGUAGAAAGUGUACAGCGUACUGACUCUUCCUAAGUCUGAUUUGUGCAAAUUUUUAUCGUACUUUUUAAAUAGCCUUCUUAUGUGCAAUUCUCAGUUAGAGGUGAAGCCCUAUUGUAAAAUAAAGGCUCCAGCAAAAUUGUACAGUGAUAGCAACUUUCCACACAGGACGUUGAGACAAUAAUGUGGCUACACAACUUCUUUUUUUUUUUUUUUUUAACUUUUAAGAGCAUCAGCUGGCUCUUUAAUAUAUGACUAAACAAUAAUUUAAAACAAAUCAUAGUAGCAGCAUAUUAAGGUUUUCAAGUAUAUGCUAAUAUCACCAGCAAUGAUCUUUGGCUUUUUGAUUUAUAUUUGCUAGAUGUUUCCCCCUUGGAGUUUGUCAGUUUCACACUGUUUGCUGACCCAGGUGUACUGUGUGUGGCCUCUGUUAACAUAGCCAACCAUCAGUCGGGAGUCAAAUUGGUUUCUU